AUGGCUCAUAUCGUUCUUGCAAAGAAGUCAUUCACAGCAGCAGACACUGUGGAACUUCUCGCAGACCGUCUUAUCCGCUACCACGGAUUUUCAGAGAAACUCAUAUCGGACCGCGACCCCCCCUUUCAGGCGGACCUCUGGCAACAACUAUGUCACCGCUUUAACAAACGCGCCAUGUCCUCGUCCUACCAUCCGCAAAGCGACGGCCAAACUGAAAGAGUUAACCGCACACUGGAGCAGAAGCUUCGUACCUACUUCCAACCUGACGAACGCGAGUGGGAGCGUUUGCUUCCGGCCCUGGAACUUGUUUACAACACGACAAGCCAUUCAUCCACCGAGCUCUCUCCCUUCGAGGUCAUGAUCGGCGAGAAUCCGCUGACUGCUGCGAAUUUUGAUAUCGUAGGCGCGUUAGCCCUCACGGUCACUCCUCUGAUGACUAAACCUUUCCGGGAGCUCUACGACAGAGCGCAGAGCCACAUCCUGAAGGCAAAGGGGCAGCAGAAAUAUUACGCAGACACAAAGCGCCGAGCUGUGGAGUAUGCAGUGGGAGACAAGGAAGCCGACACCGCCCGGGCCCCCAUCCGCGAUGUGGCAGGCACUCCGACAGAGGAGUAUGAAGCCGAUUAUAUAAUGGACCAACGCGGCUCAAGCGGAGACGCCCAGUAUCUCGUCAAGUGGCGCGGCACCCGCGAAGAUCAAGCCACGUAG